AGUCCAACCAGACGUCUCUUCAGUAUGCCAGACACCAACCCAGACAGCACUAGCAGCUGGCUGAGUCGUAGCUCCUCUUACACCCGACGCCUCAAUAGUACUGGAAGUGAUCUUAGUAGCUCCACCCCCUCCUUGCCUCUCAGCUCAUCCUAUGGACGCAAACCGGAUGACCCCACGGGAACAGGAAGUAGCUCCUCUGCUGGACUCAGUCGACUCAACAUCCUGGUGGCCCAGAGACUGGCUCAGGAGCAGGCAGAGAAGAAGGAGAAGGAGCAGGGUUCUGUCACCACCACCUCCAUCUCUGUGACCACGACGACCGGCGGGGGCAGCGAUCUGGAGACAAAGCAGAGGCGCAAGUCCUACUUGACCCCGGUACGUGAUGAGGAGGCUGAGGCUCAGAGGAAGGCUCGCUCCAGACACGCCAGACAGUCACGACGAUCCACUCAGGGGGUGACGCUCACAGACCUGAAGGAAGCUGAGAAGACAAUGAAGACGGCACAGACGGACGAAGGGAGAGACAAGGCCAUGAAGACGGCACAGACAGACGAAGGGAGAGACAAGGCCAUGAAGACGGCACAGACAGACAAAGGGAGAGACAAGGCAAGGAAAGAGGAGGAGGAGAAGGAAGAGGCCAAUAAGAAGAAAGCAGAAGAGGGGGUGAUAGUCGGCGAGUCAGGUGAUAGUCGGCGAGUCAGGUGA